CAAACAUAGUUUUAAAAUAUAUUUGUCAUUAUUUUUUAUAGAUAUUUUCCAAAGAGUAUAUAAAUCUUCUUUUGACUGGAUACUUUUUCUUCCUUGGUGUCUUAGCGUUAGCGCACAUAUUAAGUCCCAUUGUUAAUAAAUUGGUGCCGGAAAGCUUUCCAAAUGUUCCCUAUCACUUGAUAUUUACUAGGGGCACUGGAACUGAAAAAGAAAAUAUUAUUGAUUAUGAGUUUGAUCACAAGGACCUACUGUGCCUGUUUCUGUGCACAUUGACAGGGAUGUGGUAUCUAUGGAAAAAGCACUGGGUUGCAAACAAUCUCUUUGGACUGGCUUUUGCUGUCAAUGGCGUGGAACUGUUGCAUCUGAACAAUGUCGUCACCGGAUGCAUUCUGUUGGGUGGUCUCUUUGUGUAUGACAUAUUCUGGGUAUUUGGUACUAAUGUAAUGGUGACUGUUGCCAAAUCCUUUGAGGCUCCAAUUAAAUUGGUGUUUCCUCAAGACUUCUUACAGAAAGGUUUUGAUGGAACAAAUUAUGCCAUGCUGGGUCUGGGAGACGUCGUCAUUCCGGGAAUAUUUAUAGCCCUGUUGUUACGUUUUGAUCAGAGUCUAAAGAGAAAAAGAAAUUUGUAUUUUUAUACAAGUUUUGCUGCAUAUUUCAUAGGAUUAGUGACUACCAUACUGGUUAUGGCUUAUUUUAAACAUGCUCAGCCUGCUUUGCUUUAUUUGGUACCAGCAUGUAUUGGUGUUCCACUACUGGUGGCUUUGAUCAAUGGAGACAUUAAGGCAAUGUUUUUAUAUGAAGACCAUCCGGACGAGACAAAAACAAAUGCCACAACUCCCUCGAUACAAAACGAAACUCUGCAGGAAUCUAAGAAGGUCCAAUAAGACCGAUUUGUUAGCCGAAAUGCACUUCUUGUAAAAAAAAACCAACGAAGAAUUAAUCGGCUGCACCUAUGCGUUUUUCCAAAAAAAAAAAAAGUUGUAAAGUGAAACUGCA